UUUUUUUUGUCGGGACCUGGGAGAGAAAAUUAUCCCGCAGAGGUAGCGAGGUGGAGGAGAGAAAAAAAAAAAGGAGAAGAGGAGGAAGAGGAGGAGGAGAAGAAACAAGUUACAAACCGUGGGAAUGUACGAGGUUGCUGUUUAGUCGGUCUACAAUGCAAGCGGACGUGCUUUCAACCGUGAAUUCAUAACGAGGAGGUUUCUGUGUGGUACCCUCUCAAGCACCCAUCAUGCUGAGUUUCCUGCGCAGGACGCUGGGGCGGCGCUCCAUCCGGAAACAUGCAGAGAAAAGUCGUUUGCGGGAGGCCCAGCGUGCCACGACGCACAUCCCUGCUGCUGGGGAUGCAAAGUCUAUCAUCACCUGCCGUGUAUCCUUACUGGACGGGACAGACGUCAGCGUUGACCUGCCGAAAAAAGCCAAAGGUGAGGAGCUGUUUGACCAGAUCAUGUACCAUCUGGACAUCGUAGAGAAAGACUACUUUGGACUGCGCUUCAUGGACUCAGCACAAGUACCGCACUGGAUUGACGUUACAAAAAGUAUCAAAAAGCAAGUGAAAAUUGGCCCACCAUACUGCCUUCACAUGAGAGUUAAGUUUUACUCCUCAGAACCAAACAACCUGCACGAGGAGCUCACCAGAUACCUAUUUGUAUUACAGUUAAAGCAAGAUAUCCUCAGUGGCAAGUUAGAAUGUCCGUUUGAAACAGCGGUGGAGUUGGCUGCCUUCUCAUUACAGGCUGAGCUAGGUGAUUGUGACCCAUUAGACCAUAAUGUGGACCUGGUGACAGAAUUUCGCUUCGUCCCCAACCAGACAGAAGACGUGGAGUUAGCGAUAUUCAAUGCAUGGAAAGAGUGCAGAGGUCAGACACCAGCCCAAGCUGAAAUUAAUUACCUGAAUAAAGCCAAGUGGCUAGAAAUGUAUGGCGUGGACAUGCAUAUGGUCAAGGCAAGAGAUGGUAAUGAGUACAGUCUGGGUUUGACACCCACUGGAGUUUUGGUGUUCGAAGGACAAACCAAGAUCGGGCUCUUCUUCUGGCCCAAGAUCACUUGCCUGGAUUUCAAGAAGAGCAAACUGACGCUUGUGGUGGUGGAGGAUGACGAACAGGUGAACGGCAAAGAACAGGAGCACACUUUUGUCUUCAGGAUGGACCACCCCAAGGCCUGUAAGCACCUCUGGAAGUGUGCUGUGGAACACCAUGCUUUCUUUAGGCUGAGAGGGCCGGUUCAGAAGAACUCUGCACGCCCCGGGUUCAUACGCAUGGGAUCGCGCUUCAGAUACAGUGGAAAGACAGAAUAUCAGACAACCAAGGCUAAUAAAGCAAGGCGGUCAGCCUCCUUUGAGAGAAGGCCCAGUCGACGUUACUCCAGAAGAACCAUGCAGAACAGAGGACAAUACCAUCCACAAGAGGUUCUUUCAUCAGGCAAUGGAGUCAGCUCCAGCAAAGACAACAAGUUUUCUUCCAGUAGAGGUGCCUGGUCAGCCGUACCUGUGGUCAGCCCGGUAGCUGCUUCUGCCUGUGGACCGAUGGAGAUCGAGGCUCUACCCAGAAGUCCUGGAGGAGAAAAGAGGAGUAUGCCUAUAGUUGCUGACUUGAUGGAGACGUGCAUUGAUGAUGUCCUCAGGGCUCCUGUCGUUCCCACAGUGACAGCUACAGACGAGGCCGGACCAAGCAAUGCCUAUGCUGCCCCCAGUGUCACCGGGGAAGAUCCUCUCAGCCUCAGUGAAACAGCAGCACGUCUGAAGCAGCUGGCGUUGGACAGCAGUCCUCUUCUUGCUGCUCCAAGAAAUAACAUCAAUGUCAAUAUGGCCAUGAACAAUCAGGAGGACGUGGUGAAGCUCACAGAGAAGUGUGGUCUGAGCAGUACAGGCAGUAGUAGCCCAGUUGUCACUCCACUGCGCACCCCAGAGGAUCUGAAGAGUAACAUCCUGAAAGCUCAAGCUGAGGCUGCUGCCAUCAAGGGACCUUUGGAGGAACAUGUGGUAAUGGUUGGAGAUAAAAACUGUAACUUGCAGGAUGCUUCUACCAGGUUAAAGGUGCGCACAGGGCGACUGGGCAGUAACUCGUCUCUGUCCGUUAGCAGUCGUGCUGACAUCCAAGACUCCUGGGACCUGCUGAAGCCAGCCUCACUGGUCUCAUCAGCAGGCGCCAGUGCUGAGAGGCUGACUGAAGAUUUAAACCCCUCUGUUCCCAAGAUGCCCUCUGAGUCUGCCAGCGAAGGCAUGGCAACAAAGGUUAAAGCAGAGGAAGUUGACCUGCAAAACACCGCCCAACUAUCUGACAACCUGAUAGAUUUCACAGAUCCAACUCCUGUUCUGCCACCAGUGCAGCAGCCCAAACCUGUCAUCACACCUCGCUGGAUCAUUCCUACAACUGCUCCUCCCGGCGUCUUUACUAACGGCCUGCUCGACCUUGACCCCCCUGCUAAGGUCAACCCUCUUCUCCCUGCAGAUGGGGGGGCAGCUCUCACCCCAGCCCUCCCACACCUCGCUCACACGUGUAACACCGUCUCCGCCAGCACUGUGGGUCAGCAGCCAGCCUCGGACAAUGGAGCCAAACCCAGAGGUCUCCUGACCACUGAGCUCUGAUGGAGAAAUGAGGAGCAGCCAUCACAACAUUUGUCACCCAGACUGCUUUCCCCACCUCACCCCCUCACCCAUCCACACACAAGCAAGCUGGGCCAGGUGUGCUGAACACUGAGGGCCAAGAGGAGAGUGGAACCAGGGAAGUGGCAGCUUACAAGCACCACAAACACAUUUAAACUAAGUACACAGGACAAUAAUAGGAGUAUGAUUACAGUAUCACAUGGCACAGACUAGUUGAAACAGUUAAAACAAACACGUAGCACCAGUAUUAACAUUUUAGGAACACCUAACUUGUGAAUCACCUGUUUGACUUCACUGUAUGCUACCUGCCAUUUGCUCCAUCCAUCCAGUCAACCAAACCUCGGUCUUUAAUAACUACCACCAACUCCUCGUAGACAACACGUGAUGAAAACUGUUGUUGUUCAGCUUUUUUUUGCUACAGAGGUCAAGUUGGGGCUGACACAGUAAAAUCUCAUGAAACUGUAAGGUAUGUUGCAUAAACGCAUCCACCAUUGACUUGUGACUUUAAAUGGUAGGUUGUCUCUUUUAGUGCUGCUUUCCCCUCCCCCUUUUUUUGAGUCAUGCUGUUGUAUCACUGGUAAUUCACACCACUGGAUCCCUGCUACCCUGAACUUUCACUGUACACUCACUGAUCACACAGCAUGUGGAGCAGCUGAAGUACACUGGAUGAAGGACUAAAAUGAAAAAUCUCUUAAAAAAAAAAAAGAAAGACAGACACUGACUUAAAAUGUUGAUUCUAAGAGAUAAAAGCACCUGGACUCUUAACAUGAAACGUGACACUGUACUGUCCUUGUAGCACACUACAACCCUUCUUUUUUUUUUUUUUUUUAAACUCAACCGAUACUACAUGUGAAACUCGACUGUUAGCAGCCACUGGAUAUGAAAACUUCACUGGAUUAUCUUUGCAACAAUGGACCUUGAAAGGAUUUUUUGCAAUGGAUGACAAUAGAGACGACCUCUUUGGUUUUUAAACUGAUGUUUUUAUUAUCCUGCUCUUAUUUUCUUCUUUUUUUUUUUUUCGUUGUUUUUUUAUGUUUUAAUUUGCCCUUCGCAGUACUUUUUGCAUUCGCACACAUCGGUACCCUCAUCAUUAGAGGUUGAACAUCACUAAUGAAAGUUAGUUCUGUGUCUCGUUUUGGACGCUCUAUGUUCUGCUUCUCUGUGAACUCUUGGCUUCGAGUUUUAAUGUUUAGUCUAAAAUGUGAUUCCUUUUUAGUUUGUUUUCACUUAAAACCACUGCUUCCACCUGUGGCAAGUUUUGAUUCACGUUAAUUUUAACUUCUAAACCGGUGAUGUAAAUGCGCCACGUGAAGGCAAGAAGCCGCUGAAUUGCUGUUGAAACCUUUAAUUGAGCUGUGAUCCCUGGAGGUGAACGCCGUUUCUCAGUUUUUGGAUUACCUAACUGGAUAUGUGAGUUCAUUUUGGACCCUGUUAUAGAACGUGGUUCCUGGUAUUAACACGUUGUAGCUACUGCCCUGCCUUAUGGAAAUGAAUGUAUUCGAAUAGUCUCAUCUGAGAAUGCUGGAGAUGCCACAGUAUGUAAACAUCCCUGAGAGUUUUAUGACUUAAAUUCACAAUUGCUGAUGUAGUUUAUAACUGGAGGAAAACUUUUGAAGUAUCUUAAAAGCUGAUUUUAUGUGAAAUUGAGGCCUAAUUCUACAUUUUCUGAGUUAUUAAUGAAGUAUAUCAGGUUUUUUUUUUAUUUCAGUACCCCAUACAUUGUAAUCACAAAGUCGGGACCCUCAUUCAAGUUAUAUCUGUGUAGUUUUUUUUCAUUAUGUUGAUUUCAUUAUCUGUCUUGAACAAGGGAAGCUGACUGUUUUAUAAUGUCUUCUUAGCAGUGACGGUUAUUUAUGCUACUACUCAUUGUAAUUGUUCAAAUAUGACAUGUUGUCCAAAAGUGUUGUAGUAUACAGUUAUAAUGUAUUGUCAGUAUAAUGGCAUCAGCUGGCUGUAGAUAUGAAGUAGAUUUAUAUAUUUUUUUUGAAAGUUAUGUUGGCAGUAUUGUCACUACAUACCGAGAAGAUUUCAGCAUCAACGUGUUUUCUAAUUACUGAAGAAGUAGGAAAACGUGUAACUGAUCCAACUGACAGGAGAAACACUGAGAUCGUGAUGUCUCAAAUGCAAUUUUAUAUAAACUUAUUUUUUUCUGGAAAAUCUGAUCAUGAUUCAGUAAAGCUUUGCUACAGUAGGA